ACAAACUUUUGACAACACAAAAACAAGACGCAGCUGCUGAAGUCAUAACUGCGUAAAUAUUAAAUUGUAGUACAAAUAUUGGCUAAAGCUGACAAAUCAAGGUGCAGCAUGUUUUCGCUGUUUGGCAAACGCAAGCCGGCCGAGACGCCCACCGAGGAGGCCAUUCAGGGCCCCGCCGAUCAGCCCACCAAACCAAACGUUGGCGAUGAUUUCAUAUUUGUGGAGCGAAAAACUGACGCAGAUCCCAUCACAGCGCCCGGUGGCAUGAUAUACCCGCCCAUGCCCCAAACAGCGUACGGCCCAAUGCCAUAUCCACCGUCGCUGGGUGGUCGCACAGCAACUGGCAGUGGGCCAAAUCUAAACGCGCCAGCCAGUUAUCUGCAGGACAUUCCGUUCGAGCUGUCGCCGCAACUGGCCACCAAAGAUCGCUUCAAUGGCACCCAGUUGCAAGUGGACGGCAUUUUAGCACUGAUGACCCGUCAGCUCUCGGUGGAUGCACUGGCCGAGGAGUAUACAUUCACCCUGGAGCGUUCAGUGCAAAAUGAUUCGUACUGAAUAUGGCGAGCAAUGAAACUAAUGCUAAUUGUAUACAUAAUUUAAUAUAUAUGUAAAUGUGUAGAAUAAUUAUAGAUUUGUUGCGUGUGAGAGAGCGUUAGAAAUUGUAAUAUAAGUUAAUUUGGCGAAUUGAUUAAACGGUCGAACAAAUACAAA